AUGGAGUACUGUCCUAGGCUACUGGUUCCAGUGGCUUUGAUUGACAGAUUGGGAAGAUUUGUCAUCCACUUGUUGGCCGCCUUCUUCAUGAAUUUUAUAUUUGCUUCAGCCAUCCCUUACUACCACUGGACUCACAAGGAAACCCAAAUUGGAUUCGUGAUGAUGCACUCAACAACCUUCUGCUUAGCAAAUUUUGGACCCAGUGCCACCACAUUUGUUGUGACAGCCGCCAUUUUCCCUGCAAGGUUGAGGUCUGCAUGCCACCGUAUAUCAGCAGCAUCAGGGAAGCUUGGGGAUAUAGCUGGUGCAUUUGGUUUCUUAUAUUUGGCUCAGAAUCCGGACGAAGCCAAGGCAUGUGCUGGAUACCCUGCUGGUAUUGGGUGCGCAAUUCGCUUAUUGUACUAGGUUUUAUUAACCUCUUAGGUCUGCUGUUUACUUCCUUGGUGCCAGAAUUGAAGGGGAAAUCUCUAGAGAUAAUGUCCCGUGAGAAUUGAGGAGCAGGAGCAGUAAACGUGGUCUGGAAAA